GAAGCCCUGUCAUCCCCGAACGACAUGAUGUCAAGCGAGAAGGCUAACGCCGCCGCUGCGGCUGCCGCAGCCUCAUGGGAAGACUAUUGGAAGCUGACACGCAUCUACUUUUGGCUGGCUGGUGCGGUCUUGUUCUGGUCGCCAUGCUGACAUCACAUCAUCAGUUCUUGCAUUCCACUUCUCUGACUCCGCUUUCGCCGUACGGAAGCGUGGGGACAGUGGACUGACGAUGAGUGCAUACCGUCUCAACUUAUCCCCGCAGGAGCCUAUAGGCAUCCAACCAGCCCUAUAUCUUGUUGCUUGCACUAUUCGUCACAAUGCGGCUUGUAUCUGGAACGACGUUUGGGAUCGUGACUUCGAUCGUCAAGUUGAGCGGACGAAAACGCGGCCGGUCGCCUCCGGCAUGAUCUCUGUAUCCUCCGCUCUUCUGUUCCUCAUGUUCUUGCUCGGCUAUAAUGCGAUGACGACCGCUCUAUUGGGCUUCUUCACUCUGGAGCUCAUCUAUCCUUGUAUGACGAAGACAGAAAGCAUAUGUACCGAACUUAUGUAGUACGGGCCUGAACGUCGCGCCUGUACCGGCU